AUGGACAGAGCGGCUUUCCCGGGACUGCCUCGCCUCUGCGUCCUGUGGGCAACUCUGCUCUCCCUGUUCCCCUGCGGCGUCCACGGAAACUGGAUGUGGCUGGGCAUCGCCUCCUUUGGGGUGCCAGAGAAGUUAGGCUGUGCCAACUUGCCUCUGGACGGCCGACAGAAGGAACUGUGCAAAAGGAAACCUUAUCUGCUGCCCAGCAUCCGAGAAGGGGCACGAUUGGGCAUCCAAGAGUGCAAGAGCCAGUUCAAACAUGAAAGGUGGAACUGCCAAGUGUCCUCACCAGCCGUCUCUGUCUUUGCCCCAUCCGUCGCCGCUUCUCCUGCAGCCUCGCCUGGAGCCGCCCCCCUCUUCGGUUAUGAGCUGAGCAGCGGCACCAAAGAAACAGCAUUCAUUUAUGCAGUGAUGGCAGCAGGUCUGGUACAUUCUGUGACAAGAUCAUGCAGUGCAGGGAACAUGACAGAAUGUUCCUGUGACACCAACUUGCAGAAUGGUGGCUCGGCUACUGAAGGCUGGCAUUGGGGUGGCUGUUCUGAUGACAUCCAGUAUGGCAUGUGGUUUAGUAGAAGGUUCUUGGACGUCCCCACCAGAAACACCACUGGAAAAGAUGGGAAACUGUUAGCAAUGAAUCUACAUAAUAAUGAAGCUGGGAGGCAGGCAGUCGCCAAGUUGAUGUCAGUGGACUGCCGCUGCCAUGGAGUUUCUGGUUCCUGUGCUGUGAAAACCUGCUGGAAAACCAUGUCUUCCUUUGAGAAGAUUGGUCACUUUCUAAAAGAGAAGUACGAAAACAGCGUGCAGCUCUCAGAUAAAAUGAAAAGAAAGAUGCGCAGGAGAGAAAAAGACCCGAGGAAGAUCUCAGUGCGCAAGGAUGAUCUCCUUUACAUUAACAAAUCACCCAAUUACUGUGUGGAGGACCGAAAACUGGGCAUCCCUGGGACGCAGGGCCGAGAAUGCAACCGCACUUCUGAGGGAGCAGACGGGUGUAACCUGCUCUGCUGUGGGAGGGGUUAUAACACCCACGUGGUCAGGCACGUGGAGAGGUGUGAAUGCAAAUUUGUCUGGUGCUGUUAUGUUCGCUGCAGAAGGUGCGAGAGCAUGGCUGAUGUCCACACUUGCAAAUAAAUCUGGGUUCCAGCCAGCAUCAUCAAAAGCUCCUGAUGAUUGCGGCAACCAAAGCAUAACUGAGUUGGUAUCUUUUUUUUUUUUUUCCAGAAAGGGAAAUGUUAAAGAAGUUGAUCAGGUCCCUCACCGUGUAUGGAUUUUAGUCUCUUUAACAUUUUCUUCUGAUUAAAAGCAAGUUCACACUUCUUUGACAUGGAUUUCCCUGGACUGCCAAAGGUUAGAUUCAAUUUAAUCCAGCAAUAUUUAUUAAACGCCUGCCCUGUGCAAAUGUAUGUUUGGGCGCAUCUGUCCUUGUUUAUUUGCCUUUGGGGUACAAGAAA